AAGUGCGCUUAAAUUCAAGCGUCUGUAUAUGGAAGCGUAAGUUCACAAGUCAUGGAUGAAACUUCUUCGCGUUAUUCAUGUUGGAAAGUCCCACAGAUAAAAGCAGAGCUGAUAAAAAGAGGUGCAGUGACAACUGGUCGAAAACAGGAUCUUAUAGACAGGUAAAUAGUUCCUCUAAUAAACCAGUCGUUUCCGAUACGAAGUUAACAACCUUGAACUUCAUCACCAGCUGAUCAGAUAGCCAUAGGUUUACCGAGUUGUGCAUACGUCCCGCAAGGACGAAGUUGGAUGUUCUUGGUUGUUGUUAAUAAGUAUAGUUGCCUGCUUCUAAUGUAAUCCCCUGAGCCAAUUUUCCCUCAGUAGAAAUAGUUAAUGAAAGUUUAGAAAUAACAGAAGUAGAGCUCUUUCAUGAUUUUUUAAAAACGUUUAGAUCUAUGAUGAAAUACUGCAGAGGUAUUACGAACAAAAUUUAUUCACGAUGCUAUAUUUUUGAUUCGAAAGUUUUCGUUAAAAAUAAACUUUGUACUUUUGUUAUUUCUGUACAACAGAUUAAUAUGAUGGAAUUAUUCUGUAAUUAUGAAAUCAUACUGUGAAUAUUCCAAGAUCAGUGCUUUUAAUUUCAUCAAAACUGAACGAAAAAUGAGUUCAGGAGAAUUGUUUUUAGAUAAAUGUAUUGAGUAUAUAAAUUAUAGAUCAAAUUUUCUAUGGGUACUUAUAAGGCCAAAAUAAAAAAAAUGUUUGUUUCAGGUCGCCUGACUGGCCCUAAAUAUACCCACUGACCCUAUUAAUUUUUUUCAAUUUUCCGAUUUAAAUUUAUGGAUGUACAAACUAUUACUCAAAAUCAUUUUGUUAAGAGCUAACAGUGUCGACGACAACAAUGGCGGCAAAUCUUUUAGAAGCUGCUUUGUUGUUAUGUAAGUAAUUAUAAAGAACUAUCCGGUGGAAGAAUAGGACUUCCACAAGAAUACACAUGUACAAAAGUCACUCAAACCCGAGUGCAAGGGUAGUCUUUAGCCUAAGAAACAUUGUAUGGAGUAUAUACUAUGCAAUGCUUUUUGUCAAAUAUAUUGUGUAUGUGGUUGAAUAUUGUGUUUUGGGUAGAAGUAGCUGACACAUUGAUUACAAACAAUGUUCUGACAUGAAUAAAUACAUGUAGGAAAGUGUGCACAACUAUUGUGCAUAUUCUGUACCACCUUUAAAAAUUGGUAUGGUUUCUGCUCUGUUUAUGGUGUCUGACAACUUUGAUAUAUGCUAAGACAUUUAUUGUAAAUGUAUAUAUAUCAAAAUUCAAUCACAUAAUGUGUAUUUGGUCAAUGAAUUAAAUAUUGUGCUCUGAACCCAUUUUUAUCUAUUAAACACAUUAUACAAGAACUGUAACUAUCAAAUUUUCAUUGAAGGCACAUAUUUAUUUUUUUUAAAAUCAUUUUAAAAAAAUAAAAACCUACUUACCGACCCUUUUUUUAAAAUCAGAGGCAACCUGAAACAAACAUAUUUUUUUGCCUAACCAAGUACUGAAUGUCUAAUUAUAACAUUUUGUGAUACUAUGCCCUAUUGACAUGUAUUAUUUUAAAUUUAUUAAGAAACUUGUUUGGUCUAAACAAGUUGUACACAUGAUUAUCAGAUACUAUUUUAUUGGUAGAUUGGAGGCUUAUGAUAGAAAUGAGAAUUUCAAGGAGGAUCCAAUUUUACUACCAGAGCCCCUUGAUGUUGGAUGGCCAGUGGCUGGCUUUAAACAGAUCCUUCAAGAGCACAAGUGCAUUAUCCCCAAAAUUACAAGGGAACAGAUCGAAGCAUAUUUUUUAUAUCGAUUAGCAGAUGACAGACAAUGUACUGGAGAUCUGAAAGCAUUGGUAAAGGGCCAAGACAUGUUCGACUCUAACAAAGUUUUGGCAUGUUCUGUUUGCAUUGAGGAUGAUAUUUACCUCACAGGAAUAGUGGGCGCCUCAAUGAAACAAAAAGUUACCUACAACUAUAAAGUCAGGAUCUCAAGAGAGAGUGGUGACCCUCUGAACACACAUUGUGAAUGUCCAGCAGGGAGAGGGCCCCAUGGCACCUGCAAACACCUGGCGGUUGUUUGCAUCAUGCUCGAGAGAUUUGCAGAAAAUGGGACAUUGAGAAUUGCAAAAUCCUGCACAGAAAAUCUUAUGUCUUUCAAUAGACCAAAGAGUACAUAUAGUGGUUCUCCAGUAAAAGCAGAGGAUCUACCUUCCAAAAAGAGGCCAUAUGAAGAGUUUUUUGAGGAUCCUAGGCCACUCAAACACAGAAACAAUCCAUCUUACAACUCAAUGGUGCAAAACAUUAUUACUAACUACUGCAGCCAGACAUCCAAAGAUAUCUCUAUGCGGUAUCUGUACCCAAGAGCAAAUUUUCAGGUUGUGUCCAUGAUGCAUGAUUAUGGUCCUUUGCCACUUACAGAACAAAUGGUUGAUAAUGCUUUGAUGGUCGAUGAACGCAAAAUUCACCAAAUAGAAGUGUCAACUAGAGGACAGAGCAGAAACUCGAAAUGGUUUGAGGCUAGGGAGUGGAGGCUAACUGCAUCACGAUUUAAGGAAGUCUGCAAGGCUACUUGUCGACGCAAUACUAAUAAGUUAUGUAGUUCCCUUAUGUGCUCAAGUAUCAAAACCAAAGCUAUUUUACAUGGGAAAAAUUAUGAAAAAAAAGCUUUGAAAUUGUUUGACGACAAGUUUUGUAUAAAAACAAAAGAAUGUGGGCUUUUUGUGUGUUUAGACUACCCAUAUUUGGGAGCAUCCCCAGAUGCAGUUGUGGAUGAUUCUGCAAUUGUUGAGGUCAAAUGCUCCUACAGUGGAAAAAAUGAAAUGGUCAAACCAGGAGCACAUUUCAAAUAUCUUAUGUUUGAUGACAAUGAAAAUGUUGUAUUGAAAAAGUCCCAUAAUUAUUAUGAUCAAAUACAGGGUCAGCUGUACAUAAGCAAAAGAAAAUUUUGUUAUUUUGUUGUUUUCACUCUUAGGGAUCUUUUUGUUCAGAAAAUCCCUCUUGACACAUAUUACUGUGAACAUUCUUUGUUGCCAAAGUUGAAAGUAUUUUUUGAGAAAUAUUACAGACCAUUCAUUGCAUCAAAAUUAUGAACAUAUCUGUGACUUGUACUAAUUUACAUGUAAAAU